GGAAGCUCCAGCUGAACGACUAGAAGACUCUCACAAGACUCGUCUGAUCUACACAACUUCUACAGGUUGGUGAAAUGGCCUCAAAACAAAUAGAAGUUGCUGCUCUGGGUCGACCUUUCACCCUCGGAAUGCUCUAUGAUGCUCGAAGAGAUGCACUGAUCACAGGUUUGACGUUGUGGGAUAAUGAAACUCUACAAGGGAAGACAAAAAAAAGUUUGAAACCCAGCAAUAAUGUUUUUAUUACUGAAUGUGACUCCAGUGAAUCCAAGUCCUCUCUGCUGGAGGUUGAUGCUUCUCUGAAGGCCAGCUUCCUCUGUGGACUGACUGAAGUUGGAGGAUCUGCCCAUUACCUGAAAGAUCAGAAAGAAUUCAAGAAUCAGUGCAGAGUGACUGGUCAGUUCAAAUCUACAACCCACUUGGAACAGUUGUCAAUGACUGACCUGAUGACCUUAGAACCCCAACAAAAGGACGUUAUCAUCAAGAGCUCUGCAACCCACAUAGUCACAGGCAUCCUUUAUGGGACAAAUGCUUUUUUUGUGUUUGACAGUGAAGAGUUAGACAGCAGCAGCGGUGAAGAAAUUGGGGCCAGCAUGAAAGCUAUGAUAAAAAAGAUCCCUUUAUUUAGUGUUGAGGGCCAGGCGAGCACCGAGCUGACUGAGGAAGAAAAAGCCCUGAGUGCAUCAGUUUCUUGCACAUUCUUCGGAGACUUCAAUCUUCAAGGCAUCCCUUUAACAUUUGAAGAAGCAGUGAAGUCCUUUGGACAACUUCCACAGUUACUGGGGGAAAAUGGAGAGAAAGCUGUCCCAAUGAAGGUCUGGCUGAUGCCACUCACUAAACUAUGUCCAGAAGCUGCUGAGCUGAAGAGUGAGAUCCACGGUGGACUUUUGGGGAAGAUACAGCGUACUCUUGAAGAUUUGAGGGAAAUUGAAAUGAGAUGCAACGAAUCUCUUAAAGACAAAGCGGUAGAAAACUUUCCACAUAUUAAAAAAGAGUUAGACACUUUCCAGAAGUUGUGUCGCCACUAUAGAUCAAACCUCCAGGGGACCAUGAAGGAGAAACUCCCCUCCAUCCGUGAAGGUAAAGGGGAUAAGAGAUCAUUAGAUGAAACCUUUGAAAAGAGAGGCGAGUCCCCUUUCAGUCAAAAAAAACUAAUCAAGUGGCUGAAUUAUAAGGAGAGAGAAAUCAACGUCAUCAGAUCCUGUGUAGAGAUCAUGGAGGGAACAAAGAUCGUCAAAAAUCCGUCCGAGCUCGACAGAGAGGUUCUUGCUGCAGAUGUAGACAAUACUUUGUGCUUUGUUUUCACCUCCACCAAACAGGGAGACAGUUACCUUGAUGAGAUGGCCAAAUAUUUGAACUCGUGUGGAAUGGAGAGUACCUCUGAAGACGAGUGGUUCUACUCAGAUGAAGUCUUGACCUCUAUGAGAGUAAAAGCCAAAGCUUUCCAAGACUUCACCAAAGCCCAGAAGAACAACAACCGGAUCCGUUUCCUCAUCGCAGUCAUUGCAAAUGAGGAAUACAAAGGAGCAACUAUCUACCAUUACAAGCAGGGCAUUCUGGUCAGAGAAGAUUUAUCAGGACUUGGUGUGUAUCCAGAACUAAUCACAGACAAAAGGGAUCUGAUUUGUUAUGCCUGUGAUCUCACCCUGGACCCAAACACUGUCCACAAUAACCAUGUUCUCUCUGAUGGGAACAAGAAGGUGACAAGUGGAUCAACAUGUCAUCAAUAUCCUGAUAAUCCAGAGAGGUUUGAUUUUUGGAUUCAGGUGUUGUGCCGAGAAGGUUUAUCUGGGCGCCAUUACUGGGAGGUUGAGUGGAGUAAUGCUUCAAAUCACAAACGUGUUUAUUUAGCUGUUGCAUACAAGACCAUUAAAAGAAAGGGAAUUUCAAAUCGCCACUUUGGUGAUAAUACCCUAUCAUGGGCGUUUGGCCAGGAGGAUCCAAAUGAAAAACACGUCAUUCGUGCAUGGCACAAUGGACAGGUGUGGGAAUCUCCUUUUCCCUCUGGAGGCUGCUCAACACUCGGUGUGUAUCUGGACUGGCCUGCAGGCACUCUGUCCUUCUACAAAGUCUCCUCCAACACACUGACACACCUCUACACCUUUCACACCAGAUUCACUGAGCCUGUGUACCCAGGCUUCUGGAUUGACAAGGACGACAACUCCGCCUACCUGCGUCCUCUUGAAUAGGACCAGUGCUGGUGACUUGUUGGACCCUUGGUCUGUUAAUAGAGGGAUGGGGUUACAAGUAUCACAAGUUUCAAUGUUAAAAUGACCUCAUGGUUGAGAGUGAAAUAUAUUAAGUUACAAAAUAUGUAAGUUUCUGUUUCUUACUUGUUCAGUUGAUGUAGAGCCUCAAUAUAUAACUGUAUGUGUGAAUCACGUUUUUAUUUCUAUUCUUAUUCCUUAUAAAGCUUUGGAGACACUUAUGUCAAAAACUAGUAUAGUUUAAAUUGCAGAACCUAACUA